AUGUCGAAUUUGCCAAAAACGCUCAACUGGCGCUCAGUCUCAAGCGAUAUCGGUACAACAAAAGUGUCGUUGAAAGCGGAAAAUAAACGACUCAGAAUGCAGACAAUGCUAUUCGUUGUCCUCUUCGCUCUUCUUCUUCCUGUCACUCAACAAGCAAAGUUGUCUGACUUUAUAGACACGUAUGUCAAUGACAUCGACCUCAGCUCUAUGAAAACAUGCGUUUUCUUGGGUGGCGAAUCUAUCGAUCUAGUGGAUCCUGGAGACGUGGAUAAGGGACACAAGUGUACUGUAGACCUUCCUACUGUAUCUGACGAUGAACGUCAUGCAAAGGAAGUUUGUUCGAGCCGAAUUCCCUACUACAUUACUGCUGUCAAACAUGGCAAAAGGACUAAAUGCACAUUCCGAUACCAGCAGAUCCACGGAAAGUGUUAUAAGGUGACAAAGGCUAGAUUCACUUGGCAAGACGCUCAAUCCGCCUGUCAUAAUGAAUUUGUGAAAGAUUUCAAACCUCAAGUGGCCAAUUACUACUAUUCCGGACUACAAAACUACUUAUGGGAUAUCACUGGCGUCUAUGAUGCAUGGGUAUCUGUUCCAGAAUUGAAAGACUAUUUUGAAAAUCCUGGCAACUAUAAAGCAUUCUAUGUGGACGCGGGAGCAUACAAGUAUGAUGCCAGAUCGGGCGAUCUCCUCCUGGAUGAUCCCAAUCAGAAGCAUCAAGUUCUUUGUGAGUACACUCCUCCGAUGACAAGAGCUGAGAUGUUCUACCUGGCCAAUGUGUACAGUGAAAUCUAUCCAAUUGAAGUGUUUGCUGGUGGGGCCAUUAUUCCUUCUGCGAAUAUGGAUACUAUCCAACAAGUCGGUCCGUUCGGAAAAGUAGAACAUUUCAGUACUAAAGUCUUCGAUGAGAAAUGUCUGUCAAUUGGAAGAAUCUUCAAUGUGGAAAGUUAUCCAAUCACGGCAUUGGAAGAGGAGUUUAAUGAUGUUAAAGAUCAUUUAACAAGUCAACGAUUCUUUUUGACUAAUGCUUACAAGAAUGAUGGAUGCCAUAAGGGAGGCUACCGACAAGUCAACCACGACGGAAAGGCGUACCAGGUUUACAAGAAAGGAAAAAACGACAAUUCUCAAAAAGGAGAUUUUUGCGAUGCUCACAGUUUCAGUCUCCACCAGACUGGACGAUAUCCAACGAUGGCUUCAGCGAGGGCUCCAGUUCUGUGCACACUUCACACAUUCAACUGGAACCACGGAGCAUGUCCUGCAAGACCAAAAUGGAGUUCCAAACCGGUCACAUUCAAAAGAGCAUACAACACAGUGUUCUGUCACUACAUUAACGACAAUACUCCUGCCACAAAUCACGAAGCACAGAAACGCUGUGAGGAGUUCGGAACUGGACUCACUGGUUUCGACUCGGCGGAAGAGUUUGAAGCUGUCAGAAAAGAGUGUGAGUAUCGUCAACAGGAAUUAUCGAUAAAAUCGUUUUCAGUGAAGCCACAAUACCCGCCAGGAGAAGGCGAAUAUUACCCAAGAACUCCGUAUAGGUUGUUGUCGUCGGGAACAAGAAAAGUAAACGGAAUAUCGCAACAGGUGGAUGAUCACUACUGGCUUGGAGGUGUCUCUCCGUGUGAAACGCAUUGUUUCGAGAGAACAGGAGAGAGAGAAAUCGCCGGUUGGAAUGAUGCUGUUGCUAUCAAUAAUUCAUUUCUGAACACUUACAAUCACAAUGGAUGGGCUUGGAAAAUUGACGGCAAACAGUUUGUAUCAUUCCGUACUGACAAUAAUGCAUUCCAUGUUCAGUAG